UAGCGCGCAAACUUCUAAGCAAACAGUCGCCAGCGCGGCGCUCCUCAAAACCCUCAAAAUAGUCGAAGACAGACCCGCGAGGCACACGCGGCGUAUGCGUAAUUACAGUCCGUCAACAGCUGGCCAGUUGCCCACAGAGGAGCCACCACCUAUCCUGCGGUGACCCAAUUCAGGGCUCUCCGGCUCUAAAGUUGUAUCCUCGUUUAAGUGCCUCCUUUGUGUGUCAAUAAACUCGCGUGCCCGCUGUCCACUCUCCAGGUCAACGGAGCGAAGCCAAUCCCAGCUGGCCCAGUCCGGGUCACACGUCGCUCCAUUCAGCUGCUAAGACGAUCGCCACCCACGCCCAACCACAUCCACUGACGCCUCCUGGCGACAUUUACUGGCCUGCCUCUGCUGCUGUUGCUGCUGCCGACGACGAUUUGUUUGUUUUGUGCCAACUUUGAUGACUCACCGGAGAGACUCAGACUGGAACUGAAUCUGAGACUGAGUCUGAGCCGGGUCUGCGGCAGCUAAACAAGCUCAGUCGCGUCAUCACCUUGACCAAAGCCCACACACGAGCUCUGCAGCAAUCGCAUCGAAUUCAAACGACUGCCAUCGCAUCGAACAGACUCCAUUUGGCAAUGGCGUCACAAGGUUCCGGAGAUAUGAAGACCUCAAGGCUGGCGCAAAUGCAGAUGCGUUUCCAGCAGCGCACGCAACAGGAGCAGGAGGUGCGUAGGCGGGAGCUGAUGAGCACGAAGUCAAGUGCCGAGAACCUGGCCACUGGAGCACCCAGUGCCGCCACCACCAGGUUGAUCGGGAAUGGGAAAGUGCGCCAGAUGUUCGACGAGCGCCGCCGCGGGGCGGGCAUUGAUCGCAGCAAUCCCCUCAAGCCGAUCGGCACUCUGCCCUCGCCACCCGCCCAAACAAAAUCUCGCCCGCAGCCCCCAAUGCAGCGUCUCGUCAAGGGCGUGGCCGACUUGACCAUGCGGGAUGCACCAAAUGCACCAGGCAGGAGGAUCACUAGUGACAGCAAUAACAAUAAGUUCGCCACGCCCCGCGGGACUUUGAAUCGCAACCUUAAGCCCGUGGUCACCCGCAAGACACCGCCGGCCCAGGAGACCACGCUCCACCAACGUUCUCCCGCGCCACAACGCAGUCCCAAGAUUCAGGCGACCCAACGAGUAAGUGGAGGAACCGGUGCUGCCCCGACAGCCGGUCGUCUUUCGCCACCAUUUGUUCGACGGGCGGAACCCAAAUCACCAGUUAAAAAGGUCAACAUGGACACAACGACUGCAAUCCCAGAGGGCACCGCUUUAUGCCGCUACUGCGGACGCCACUUCAACACGGAUCGUCUGGCGAAGCACGAGGAGGUGUGCCAGCGCAUGCUGACCACCAAACGCAAGAUAUUCGAUGCCUCCAAGCAGCGGAUCGAGGGCACCGAGGCCGCGGCGUUCAAUAUGAAGUCGAAGGGCAAUCGCAACCGUUCAACUUACAGUAGUGCUGCCCAGCAGAAGGGUCUGACCACUGGAGUGAAGAAGAACAACUGGCGUAAGAAGCACGAGGACUUCAUUCAGUCGAUUAGAGCGGCCAAGCAGGUGAAGGCGCACUUGGCGCGCGGCGGCAAGUUGAGCGACCUGCCACCACCGCCACCUUCGGAGAAUCCAGACUAUGUCCAGUGUCCCCACUGUGGUCGCCGAUUCAACGAACAGGCUGCGGAGCGUCAUAUCCCCAAGUGCGUUAACAUGGUGCACAACAAGCCCCGUAACGGUCCGCCGGCCAAGAGGCGUUGAGUGGUGAUUGGGAAUAGAUAUUCGCCCAUUCUUUUACUUGUGAUAAAGAAGUUUUAUGAUUG